AUGGCGUCGACAGAGAUUGCUGGUGAUGUUGAAUUUGUAGAUGUUAAGGUUAGAUUAGGGGGUGUGUUUGUGAACAAACAAAUAAAGGGGAAGACUUUGUGUGGGUAUGAGGGUGGGUGGGAUUAUUGGAGGUAUAAGUGCAAAGUUAGUGAGAUAUCAGUGAACCUACUUAGGGAAACCUGCAUUUGGGGGUUUGUGAAGUUUGAUUUGCAUGUGCCAAGCAUGUGGAGUAUUUGGUAUAAAAGAAAGGGGAAGACUUGGUCAAAUGGUAAAAAGGAAAUUCUGAGUGAUGAUGAUGGAGAGUUCACUUCUGAUUCAGAGGAGUUGGAUAGCCCUAGAGAUGAUGAGCAAGAUAAUUGUCCAUGGUUUCAUGCCUCAGUGGACUUUAAAAAGCCUAUUCAGUUGCUGAAAGGACAGAAGUUCCUUAACAACAAAUUGCUGAGGAAAGCUCUAAAGCUUCUUGCCAUUGAGAAUAGGGUCAGAAGCAAUCUGAACCUUACUGCUGAAUUUUUAGCUGAGAAGUACAUUGAGGAUCGGAGAAGUGAGCCAGGGUGGAAAAUAAAAAGCUUCAGAAGGAGGGUUUUAGGUGAUUUUGGCAUAGAAAUUACAUACAGCAAAGCUUGGAAGGCAAGGGCAAGGGCUAAGCUCAAGAUUUACGGAUCAGCAGCAGAACAAUAUGCAAGAGUGUGGGACUAUGGGAAGGCUCUCAUGCAGUACAGCCCUGGCAGUGAAUGUAAUGUUGUGGUUGAUGGAUUGGAGCAGAUUGAGCCCCCAUUAUUCUUGAGAAUGUUCAUAUGCCUUGCACUAGUGAGGAAAGGAUUUCUGUCUGGUUGUAGACCACUAAUUGGGGUUGAUGGAUGCCAUCUCAAAGGUCCAUACCCUGGUCAGAUACUAGUUGCAGUUGGUAAGGAUGGCAAUAAUCAAAUUUACCCUAUUGCCUGGGCUACAACUGAAAUAGAGAAUACAGAGACAUGGGUUUGGUUCCCUGAGAGCCUGAUGAAAGCCUUAAAGGAUGAAAAUCGAGGCCUAGGAUAUACCUUUAUAUCUGACAGGAAAAAGGGCUUGGUAGAAGCUUUGCAGCAGGUAGUUCCUUAUGCAGACACAAGGUACUGUGUCAGACAUAUAUGGGCUAACUUCAAGUUGCAGUUUAGUGGAUCCACUUUCAAGGAGUUGUUCUGGUUAGCAGCAAGGGCAACAACAUUGUUUGACUUUGAGGUAGCAAUGGAGUCAAUAAGGUUCUUGUCUGAGGAAGCUUAUGAAUAUCUUGCUAACAUCCCAGCUAAACACUGGUCCAGACAUACAUUCAGUACAUUCCCAAAGUCAAACAUGUUGCUCAACAACAUUUGUGAGACUUUUAAUGUUGUAAUCAAAGAAGCAAGGGAUAAGCUUAUUCUGACUCGGAUGGAGUGGCUUAGGAGGUACAUGAUGAAAAGAAACAAUGAAAAAUGGGAAAGUUUUCUGAAAAUGGAAGGGAAGGUUGUUCCAUAUGUGAAGAAAACAUUCCAAAGGAUAGAACCAGCUGCAAGACAUUGCAUUGUGCAAGUUUCUAGGGGUGACAGUUAUGAGGUUGAGCUUAACUCUGACCUAGUAACAGUUGACCUAAGCAAGGCAACAUGCACUUGCUUCCACUGGGACCUAACUGGUAUCCCCUGUGUCCAUGCAUAUGCAUGCAUCAUGGACAAAAGGGCAGACCCUGAAGAUUAUGUGGACAGUGCUUACCUUGUGUCCACAUACAUGUUGGCAUACAGGCUUGAGAUUGCACCUAUGCCUGGUCCAAAACAUUGGGAAAAGGUUAAGCUGAGGCAACCACUACCACCAGCCAUCAAAGUCCAGCCUGGGAGGCCUAAGUCUAAGAAGAGGAAGUUGGAGCAGUGA